AUGCGAGUUCUUAUUCCCGCCCUCUUUGCGCCUCUCAUCGCUUCCGCCUUCCCAACCUCCAAGCCCUUUGGGAUCCAGGAUGGGUCGUCCGAGCUCGUCGGUGGCAAUGGCCACGUCAACCUGCACAACGAUGUGCCGGGGUUCGACCUGGAUUUGAAUGAGCUGCGGCUGGUGCAGUUCUCGGAGGAUGAGCCGCCUGUGUGGAUCACUGAGCUCCAGAAGAUCGAGGCGAAAGGCAAGGGCAGGAAGCUCAUGGACAUUACCGAUACUCCCACACUCGGCUUCUCCAACUUCCUACUCCCUUCCUCGGUGACCACCAAGUACUCGUAUCCCACCCCGGGCAACUACUCGGCCGAGGUCAAGGGGUUGCAGAAGGGACUGAGCUUGGAUCACAUGAAGGAUUUCUUGAAGGAGUUCACCUCUUUCCGGACUAGGUAUUACCGCUCCGAGACGGGUAAGGCGUCGCAGCAGUUCCUUUUGAAGACCAUCAAGGAAAUCUCUCGGGACAACAAGCACAUCACAGUGCGCGAGUUUGACCACACGUGGGGCCAGAACAGUAUCAUCGCCCGGUUCCACCCCAAAUCAGACAAGAACGAGGACAAGCCGGUCGUCAUCAUUGGCGCGCACCAGGACUCUACUAACCAGUGGCCGUUCCUUCCCGCACCCGGAGCAGAUGACGACGGAUCCGGAACGACCUCUUCGCUCGAGGCUUUCCGCGCGCUUGUACAUGGCAACUUCACGCCCGAGACGCCCGUAGAGUUCCACUACUACUCUGCCGAAGAGGGUGGACUGCUCGGCUCGCAGGCUGUCGCCAAGUCGUAUGAGGAUGCGGGGAAGAAGGUGCUCGCGAUGCUGCAGAUGGACAUGACUGCGUGGGUUAAGAAGGGUACCAAGGAGUCUGUGGGGAUCAUCCAGGACUUUGUCGACCCUGACCUGACCGACUUUAUCUACAAGACUGUGGAGAAGUAUCUCGAUAUCAGCCCCGUCAAGACCCAAUGUGGGUACGCGUGCUCGGACCACGCCAGCUUCCGCAAGGCAGGAUACCAGUCUGCGUUUGCAAUCGAGAGCACUUUUGAGAACUCGAACCACAAUAUCCACUCCACCCAGGACACGACUGACCACCCCGAGUUCUCCUUCACCCACAUGCGAGAAUUCUCCAAGCUUUGCAUCGCCUUUGCGAUUGAGUUGGCUGGGAUCGCGUCCCGCUAG